CCGCGCCCCCUCCCCUCCUCCUCUCUCUCUCUCUCCCCACAGCUCGCCCUAAUCUAUUAGGAGUCGAGCAGCAGCUACUGUAGAUUUAGUAGUAGCAGAUGGAGAGCGGUGUGUUCUUUACAAUAGUUUAUAGGUUGCUCUGACCUUCUCUGUUAAGGAAACUCAGCUUCUUUUUCCUCGAUCGCCUCUGUUAGCAGGAACAGUACGUUGUUUUCUAGUUCUUGAGAUUAUAUGCACGUACAAGUGCAGCUACUUGUCCUCCGGACUAAACGAGACGAGAGAGGAGUGCAGAUCUGGUUGAGUUCUUGACCGACUUCGAGAAGGGAAAAGCAUCGAGAAAUAUCGACGCUAGCUAGAGUUAAAAGGAGGAGAAGAAGAAGAGAGAGAAAGAUGCAGUCGAGUUAUGGAGGAGUGUCGGAGAUCCAGCAAUUCAUGGUGGAAAGCUGCGGGCCCGGCGCGCCUCCUCUGUUCUCCAGCACCGCCGCCGACAUCCACUCGGCAGUGGCUGGAGGCGGUAACCCUCUCAAGUACCAGACGCCGCCGCCCCCGCCGGCGGCGGCGGGGCUGCCUCCUCACUUUGCGCAUUUCCACUCCAUUCCUAUCACCCAGCAGCUCUUCCAGCAGCCGCCUCCGGCGGCGGCGCACCAAUUCCAGCUCUUCCAUCCUCACCACCACCAACUGAACUACCAGCCGCUGGAGCCGCGGCGGUUGCAGAUUCCGCACCACCAGCUCGGACUGGACCAGGAUUCCGGCGCCGAGAACUCUGCCUCGUCGGCGCGUGUCACUAUCCCAACUGCCGGCGGCGGCCUGCCCUCGUUUCUGGCUGAGGCCAUGAAUUUUAAGCUGGCUGUGAACGAGAGCAGCGGCGGCGGAAGCCGCGAGGGCAUCAACGAUGAAGAUGGCAUCUUGCGAGGAGGAGACGACGACGGUUCGGAGAGUCGUCUUCAUCACUGGCAGAGAGACGACGAGUCUUCCAUUAAAGAGCUCUCCUGGAGGCCAUUGGAUUUGGAUAUGGACUACAUCAACAGGAAUAAUAAAAGGUGCAAGAACAAGGAGCCGGAGAGCUCGAUUAACGGCGCCGGCAAGGUCUCCAAGAAGAACAAAGAGGAAGUCGGCACAGGGAGCAGCAAUUACAAGAUCUUUAGUGAAUUAGAGGCCAUCUACAAGCCCGGCGGCAGCGGUGGCGGUGUCGGUGUCGGCGGCGUCAAUCAGACUGGCUCCGGCUCGGCGCUCACCGGCGAUGAGACCCCUCUGUUGCACGCCGCUGCCAUGGCUCCCCCGGGACUGGCUGCAGCCUCUGACUGCGUCGGCGGAAUGUCAGAGACGUCGGCAGGAGAGGAGGCUGGGCGGGCAGGGAAGAAAUUCAGCAACAACAGCAGCAGCAGCGGGAGGAGGAGGAGAAAAGGGCGGCGGUGGCAGCGGCGGCUAAGCUCGAUGGCUACCUUCUUCGAGAACUUGGUCAAGCAGCUGAUGGACCACCAGGAGGGCCUCCACCGGAAGUUCCUCGAGGCGAUGGAGAGCCGGGAGCAGGAGCGGACCAGCCGCGAGGAGGCAUGGCGGAAGCAGGAGGCGGCCAACUCCUGCCGCGAGGCCGCGGCGCGCGCCAGCGAACGCAAACUCGCCUCCUCUCGCGAGGCCGCCAUCAUAACCUUCCUCGAAAAUAUCACCGGCGAGAGCUUAAAUCUCCCUCCGAAGCCCCAAUUCUCCGACGAAAAUAACAUUAACAAUUGCAACGACAACAACCUCCAAAUCGAGGCCUACAACGAGGCGGCGUUCGGGGAUCAAGAAAGCAACAAGGUGCAGUUCAACACGACUAGGUGGCCGAAGACGGAGGUCCAGGCGCUGAUCCGCGUCCGCAGCGGCCUGGAGUCGCAGUUCCAGGAGCCAGGGCUGAAAGGUCCCCUGUGGGAGGAGGUGAGCGCCACCAUGGCCACCAUGGGCUACCUCCGCAGCGCCAAGCGAUGCAAAGAGAAGUGGGAGAACAUCAACAAGUACUUCAGGAAGACCAAGGAAAGCGGGAAGAAGCGGCCGCAGCACUCCAAGACCUGCCCUUACUUCCAACAGCUCGACCAACUCUACUCCGCCACCAAGUCCUCUCACAACAAAGACAAUAUUCUCAAGGAGCAGAGGCCAAUAGAAGAAGACGAUUCCGAGAAAAAACACGACGACGACGACACUACCGAACACAAAUUAAAUGACAACUCUGAGCUACUCGACGCCAUCGUCGUGCCUCCGGCCGCCUCCGAUUUCCCAAGCCUCAAGUUCGGCUUCGGCUUCGACUUCAACGACAAAGUGGCCGACGAAAAUACCCAAGAUGGUGGAGCGACUCCAAAUACAGAUCGCAAUGGUGACGAAAACGAAAAUGAAAACGACGAGGAUGAGGAGCAAGUUGGGGAAGAAGAUGAUGAUGAUGAUGAAGAAGAAGCGGAAGGUGAUCAAGAAGGAGAAGCAGAAGAAGGGGAAGGGGAAAACCAGCAACAUAGAACACGACAUCAACUCGAUCAAGAAGUGGACGAACUACAUGACACGAGCCUCUUCUUCCAACGCCUCCAAUCUUGAAGAAAGGGAAGAAAAAAAAAAGGCAAUCGGACUCGCAAUUAUGGUGUGUUCAAUUUCUAUUCUUUUAGGAUAGUACUAGUUUAGCUAGCUAGCUUCAGUAGUCGAACAAUAAUCAUGAGUGUAUAAUUAUUUCCCUACUUAAUUCCCUAGACAUGCACCCUCAAUCACUCAUGAGGGUUGAAGAAGACAUGCUUAAAUAUCUGAUUUCAUCUACUGCUGCAACUGCUUCUGCUACUGCUUUUCUGUAUCUCCGUGCCCUGAAAGAGGUCCAACGUGGUCAUUAGUUUAAGUCGUCGCGUCGUUUCUUUGUCAUAAAUAAAUAUCGAAUCUAGUCACUGUUUUUGCA